AUGAUAUAUUUGUCUGGGAGAAACAGAGAGAACGAUUCUGCAUUUGAAGGUUUUGACCAAAGCGCAGCUCAGAGCAAAUGGAGAGCAGUGCUAUCCCAAUUCGGACACAACCGACCAUUUGCAUCCUCCACCACUCCGAAGUUUGCUACAAUGUCCCACAAUGCUGCUCAUCAUGUACCUUACAACAGGUACGCAAUAACAGGGGAGUUUGGACCAAUCUAUGUGCUGGCAGGAAUGUUGAGUGUAGCAGUUGCGAUGGGUUGCCACACCAUGAAGCAGCAACUAGUGCAUAGCCCAGGAGUUAGUAUAAACAAGAAAAGGAGAGAAUCCAUUGCUGAGGUGGACGAACCUGACAUGGUAGUUGCUGAUGCUAAUAAGUUCCUCGGAAAAUCAUUUCUCAGAAAGGUCGCUCACGUUCAGGAACAUACACAAACUCUGCCUGAUCCUUCCCGCGCUAAUCCCUUCACCAAGCCUCAAGAUGCAGAGACAUUGAAAACAGUCGGGGUCAAUCCUCGCCACCACUGA